AUUUAUCAGUAGCCAACCUAGUACUGUUUCUUUCUUGACCAAAAAAAAUUUCGGCCAUCACUAUUUAUGAACCGAAGACAGACGUAAUUGCACAUAUCACAUAUGCAUUGGAGAGAGAGAGACAGAGGAAAUGAUAGACCUUCAAGAUAUCGAAGUCUUCAUCCAUCAUAACAACAUCUAAAUCAGAGAAUGCACGAGAGGGGCCUCAGUUAAGCAACACCCAAACAUAUCCCUACUGUAGCAAGAUAAUGUGUACAAAUUAUAUACAAGCUUUAAUGGAAGGUUUGCGAAUUCAAAGUACAAAAGAGAAUUUGAAGACCUACCAACGAUGCUCGGCAAACGCUUAACAACACCGAGUCUCUGAAUUUAUCAUCAAUCAAUCGGCAUAUCUAAUCAAGAACCUGAAAAUUAUAUGCAAGUUCAGCUAAGAGAAGCAAGCAAGACAAACAAAGAGGAGGCUCCACUGAAUGAAAUUUCCCUAGCGAGAAGAUCCAACAUCACCUAUUGGGCCUGGUACAAAAGGCCUGCUUAGUUUAGUUUUAUGUUUUAAUUUUACAAGAACUAAUUUUUAAGUUAUAAAUAAAAAAGUGUUUGUAUAUUGAAUCAAAAUCCUUGUACAGCAUGAAUGGUGAACAAUGCCCUUGGUAACCACCAGGACGCUGGUUCGACCCUCAUACCAUUAUAAUUUUUUUUCCAGCUACACCUAUAGAACGACGCCGUUCUCCAGGCCACUUUCGAUUCAGAGACAAGCACAAAACGAUGCCGUUUUUUCAUGUAUCGUCGUCUUCCCUAGCCCCCCAAAUUCCCAAUUAUCCAGUUGCCGCCGUCACCACCGUAAUCCGACGGCCGUCUCUCUUCAUCGUCCAAACUUUCUCACUAUUCUGGACUCCGACCAAGAGAAUUCCCUUGACGAGACCCAAUCCCCUCUCUCCAUUUCAGCCUUAGUCAUUGUUUACAGGACGUAAAGGUCAAAGACGUUCACUGUCAAUUGACGGCAGCGUACGACAGCGUACCUACCCACCGCUAUCGGCGAUCCGCACUUCGGCCCACCUCUCGAGUCUGCACUCUUCACUUCUCCGAUCCUUCCUCAUCCGCCUCUCGAGCACAAGAUUCAAUCCAUCAUGCCUCGAACAGAUCACUCUCUUAAUCCAUAGAGGGAUUAAACAUCGAUGGGAAGCGCAAAAUCCAAUUGCUUCAAUCGAUAGCCAGGAUGAGAGGAGAGGGUUCGUUAGCCACUACAGACAGCAAUUGGAAAGGGGGUUUGAGCGUUGACAUGAGUGGGAAAAGGAAUAAAUCACCAAACUAAAAUUGUAAGUAAAUAUAACUUAAUGGAUUGGAGACAUGAUUAUAAUAAAAUUUGGUACUAUAAUUCGAAAAUAUGUUGAAAAGUUUGUUUAGGGAUUAAAGGGUACGCAUAAAAAAGUAAUAGGACUAACUAAUCAUUUAAAAAUUGUAAAAAUUAAACACCGUUAGAUUAGAUCUACGGUGUAGAAAUCCUGUCGCAUAGUAUGUGUCUGACGCAUACGAGUGUGACCCAUAUAUAUAUAUAUUCCUUUGGAAGUUAAUGCUUUGAUUGCUACUUGCUAGCAAAUUCAACAUUAACUGCAUGAAUAGCUUGGCGCAAGUAGCUCCGGCGACCGUUUCCAUCCCGUCGGGACGGUCACCGGAUGAUCCAGCUUCAGAAACUGGUCCCCUGCUUUUGUCUGGGGAGAUGAAAAUGUUGGACAAACCCACUGGGAAUGAAGCGAUUGCUGACAUGGUGGUGGACGAGACACAAACAGCUGCUAACCGAAUGGAGGAGGCUCUGACGACAAGGAUGGAGACAGUCAUGGGCUCGGAUCCAAGCAAAUCGCGUACCGCAAUCGGAGUCGGGAUGUCGAACGCCCCUGACAACAACCCCCAAUCCUCGCAACCGAUCUCCUAUGCUGGGUUGCUAACAGGGGGAAGGAAUCCGGCCAAACUCUCUGCGGCUCAAUGAGUUCCGGUUGGGGAGCAUGAUCUGAUCACUAGAUCUUUUCAAGGUGAGCCUGAAUUAAGGAUUUCCGAGAAU